CAGCCGGCGCAGCAAGCUCUGGGUAACAGAACAGUUCCCAGGAAUCCAAAGGCAUUACACCCAGUCAGAGUCGUGGUGGUGUGAGCAUGCGUGGCGUUUGUUGUGAACUGGGGAGGGGACUAAACUGGAAAAGAGACAACAGACAAAAGAGACUCAGCAUCCAUCAUUCUCUUGACCUGAGUGGCAGAAAAUCAUGGGAAGUGUUUUCCUGUCACCAAACCAAGCCAACUCAGUUCUGAAAAGGUUCCCAAGAGCAAACGGCCUGCUUGAAGAAAUAAAACAGGGGAACAUUGAGCGGGAAUGUCGGGAGGAAACCUGCUCCUAUGAGGAAGCAAGGGAGGCAUUUGAAAAUGAUGAAAAAACAAGGGAGUUUUGGUAUGAAUACAAUAAGGAAUUGAACGGCGACAACGGUUUCAAUGUAGAAGGGAAUCGCUUCCAUUCUGUAUACCUUAUCCUCCCCCUCCUGGCAGGCCUCCUUGUGAUAAUCGGUGUCUUGGUAGCUAUUUGGCACUGCCACUCCCGAAAGAUGUUACAAAGAGGGACCACGUUCAGCGAGCGGAGGCAUCACCGGAGCCAGGCUGACAGAAGCAUGUCCCUGGUAGCCAUGGAUCACCGAGGCCACGUCUCCUACCAUCCUGGCACUUCUCCUCAAUCUGACAUGAGCACAAGCAGUGGCCUAACCGCGGGAUCUCCUGCAUACAUGGGGGAGGAUCUGGCGUCGGGGAGACUGUCAAUUGGAGAGCCACCCCCUUCGUAUGAAGAAGCCACAGGGCAGGCUGAUGUUCGGAUUGAAACAGCAGGGUCACAUACAGAUCUGCCUCCCCAGUACGAGGACAUAAUUAACACCAGUGUGAGUGUAAGCAAUGUGAAAUAACUGGCUGUUGAUAAGGUUUGUGUUAUUACCAAAAGGCAGUAUAUUUCAGCACUAAUAUUAUAACAAUGAUAUAUAUAUAUAUUUUUUUUUUGUUGAAUAUGAUCAUUUCCCCACACAGUCCAGGAUCACUGUAGAGCACGGAAAAGUGCUGUCUAUCACUGUCCUUGGAAGAAGGUCACACAGAGGCUUUAAAUAAAUGAAUCCUGAACUGUUUGUUCCCUCGUGCUACGCUGAGUUUAAUAUAGAAACAAACUGAAUUCGUGACCUGGGAAGAAGGCUAGCUGCAUGUAAUGUAAAUGCCAGUAUUUCAGUUAUGUGACUACUCUUUGUAAUCUGUUGAAGAUUGUAAAUAACAACUUUUCAAAUCGAAAAUAAAAAAAAAAAAAAUGUAAAAGUUAUGCUAGAAAUGAAUUGUAAAGCCUGUAUGCAUAGCACUGUCAAAAAAAGACAUUCCAGCUACUGGAGCAUGCUUUAAAACAAAUUAAACUGGAAGGUAUAGGCUGUUUUGUGUUAUAAUUCACGUCUAUGAAGUAGCCAAUAACUCCCUUGAACAUUUUAAAGUUCAAAAGACCCACUUUACCACUAACGUUUUUAAAAUCAAACAGGAACAUCUUGUGCAUAAUGCAGUUCCAAUAUUUGAGUGGGUGUUAGCCCACCACAUGACACAGUGUUCUAUUGUUAAUGGACAAAUACUGCUGAAAUUAAAAUAAUACAAGCAGUAUUUAGUCUUUCUAGUCUGCACCACAAUUGGGUAAUGUUUUAUGUAUAGCCAAUCCCUCCCACCCAGGUUAAGGUCAUAUAUAACUUUUGUGAAUCUUGAGCAUUUUUUCUAGAUCAAGUACUGGGUUUCAGAUAUACUAAAAUGUUUUAUUUUCAGUUAAGGAAAGCUUUAAGGUAAAACUAUGUUACAGAAUACAUUUGGUAAAGCCAAACAUUUGCCAUUUUGAAUUUUAAAUGUUCUAGAUUUUCCCUCCGGUUUUGGUCUUUAUUGCAAUGGACUGUCCUGGUAGUUCUACCAAAUCUCAGUUUCCUUACAAAAUAGUAUAGUAUUAGCUGCUAAUGCUUGAAGUCUUAAUAUUGUGUCUGAAGGGUCUGACUCCUAGAUGUCAAUAAAGUAUAAAACUCUUUGGUAUAACCUUGUGUUGCAUUGAAACAACUAAUGACUAGUUGAUUUAGAAAAUUAUAUAGAUGCAUCACAUUACUAAGGAUUUGACAUGCAGGACUGUUAUUGCAGAUCAUGGGUUGCACUGAGAAGAAAGCAUUAUCCAGCUGGUAAAUUUGCUAUGCUAAUACUUUAUGAAUAUGGCCCAAGGAAACAUAUACACACCAGAGAUUAAGACCUUUUCCCAGAUCUCAGUUAAAUAUUUUAAUAGUGUUUAAAAGCAUGCAGAAAUGUAACAAUUCUAAACUAAGACUUAAAAUUUAUAACUACCAGAGUUUAAAAUAGUGAAUACCAUGCUGUACUCUAAAACCUACGUAGACCUCUCAGGAUCAGGGUUGCCAGUGCAUUGAUGUUUAUUAACAUUAUUAUUAACUUGGGGGGGGGGGGGGAUACUACUGCUGCUGUGUGUAGGAAUUUUACAAUGGAAAAGCUUGCCAUUUAUUAUUUGACUCUGGAUUUCUACAAAAUUAAUACAUUGAGCUGAGAAGCAGGUGGCCAGAUUGCACGUCAGCAUAAAGCACUUUAAAUUUAUAGUUUGGAAAAAAAAAAAAACGCUAUGAAAGGGCAAAUUUAAUUUGUUCAUAACAUCUGGUUCUUGAAAACAACCAAAAUAUAAAAUAACAGUAAAUAAUUUUUUGUUAAAUGCAUACUAUAUUUGAUCUUUUCUAAGCCUGGUUGCCGUACAAUAACCCUCGUAUAAAAUUUGUGACAUACUGUAUUUUUAUAGGUGAAUUUGGUGUUAAAGUUUUGCUAACGUGUAUGAGUGUUAAUCGAUUAAUUGUUUUCCCAUUUGUUUUUUGUUUUGUCUUUUGUUUUUUCUGGUGAAUGUGUUUGUGCAUAUUUAUCAUAUAUUCUGCCAUGAAAGUGUUUUUUGUUCAGUUUUAAAAUGGGGAAGAUACUGUGAGCAGCUGGGAAUAAUAAUUUCCAUCUUAAAACAGUCACUGCGGCUUUUAGUGUGACUGUAUAAUUAUUUCUGACUAAUGGGGGAGAAAAAAUGAAGGCAUGUACAAAAGUUUCUGAAGUUAUUUCAUGUUUACUUCUAUUUAUGUAUAAUAAUGUUUAAUAUUUGUGAAUUGACCCUACUAAUUCAUACUGGAUUACAUUUCAAAGGUGAUUUAACAUAUAGUUGACAUUUUCCUUGCGAGUCAAGCUUAGAGGGCAUGUGGUAAGGUGUGGAGGAAUAUGAGUUUGGUCAUAUAUACUGGAUAACAAAACUUUUUUUUGUUUCUGUAAUCAAUGAAUGACCCUAAAAUGCAAUGUGAGUUGCAUUCAUAAAAAAAGACAUGUUUGUGAAGUGCCUUAUUUCAUAGACUAAAUUGAAUUUGUAAUAAAUGUAUUUAAAAAAAAAAAAAACAACAAAAAAACUGAAAUAUUUAUAGAAAAAAUGUUGCUUGGAUCAAUUUGUAAUAAAAUAUAUUCCAAUAACCA